AUGGUGUCUUUUUGGCCCUUCAAGGGCGAUGACAACAGCGCCGCUUCUUUCGAGAAGAUCCUCAGCCAGCUGUCCACCAAGAUCAACAAGGUCAGCGCUCAAAACGAUCGCUUUCGCCAGAGACAACGUCGCUAUAAGGUGCUAUGGACGCUUUACUCAACAUUCGCGUACAUCCUCAUUGCCGCAAUCCUCACGCUGGUCACGGGCUGGGAGAAAUGGGGCGCUGUUGAGUACAGUGCCAUGGGAGGUGGUCCUAUUCUGAUUUACAGCUUGCGAACGGUGUUGGACGCAUACUACAACUAUCGCAUAGCGAAUACCCAGACUCAUCUGAACGAUUUGUCGAAACAGCGCGAGGCGGCCAUUGAGCGGCUGAAGCAGGCCACCAAGUACAAUAGUACGCAACAGUUGCUGGAAAAGUAUGGAGGAUCACCGCCUAGCAAGCAACAGCCAUCGCCGCAGCCCAAGGGGAAGAGAAGGUCGGACAUGAGCAAUAAUGCAUCCCGAACUGGAUUUGCACCACCGCCUACAGCCAACAUUCCCAGCAGGCAGUCUUUGCCAGCACAACAACCAGCGCGUGGAGUUCCAGUCCCUGGGCCACCACCUUCUGGCCUUCCACCGCCAGCGGCUCCAGUCACGCCCAGGAUACAGAAUGUACCCGGAGAGGAAUUCGCGCCCAAUGCAUUCACAGCCUCUCAAGCCCCACCACGCGGCCCUCCGCCUGUCAGACAGGCGGCACAAUACGCGACUGAAGCUCCCAAGUGGUAUGAUCGCAUCCUCGACGUGGUACUGGGAGAUGAUGAGACCAAAUCCGAGAAUCGUAUCGUGCUGAUAUGCGCGAAAUGUCGGCUGGUAAACGGACAGGCACCACCUGGUGCAAGAACGCUGGAGGAUAUCGGAAAGUGGAGGUGCAGUAGCUGCGGUACCAUGAAUGGCCAAGAGAGCGAGGAGAACAAGAUACUCCAGCACAUUGCCACAGGCGGAGAUGGUACAACACGAUUGAACACUUCUGCCGACCCUGGCACGUCUUCCCCGACUCAUGCGGAUGAAAUCGGAGAGACGGAGAGUGAGAACGAUAGCGAGGGGUCCCGCGAGAACACUUCGCCUGCCGCUUCGACCCGCAGCAAAGCUAGAAGGUCCGGGAAGGCAUGA